AUGUAAUUUUAAUACGUCAAUAUGAACAAAAUUUCAGUUUUACACAUAUUGGUUUUCCGAAUUUUUUCAAUGCUUAAAGGCAGGGAUGUUUGUAUUUCUAUAUAAGGUUGGCCGUGAAAUAUGUACAGUGCAUCUUCAUAUUUAUCUUCAUCUAUCUAUAUUAAUAAUAUUGGCAUUCGACCGCAUUAUGUGGCCAGAUCAAAUGUUAAGUGCAAAGAAGCAUCUUCAAGUGGAGCUCGAAAACCUGCUGUGAAUGCAAUUAAGAAUUUGUCUUUAGAACUUAAUCGGUCACAAAAUGGUUUGCAACGCGUGAUAGAACAUAAUGCUAGCAUGAGCGAUUUCUUUCAAUCUGAUCGCUUUGAGAAGCUGAUUAGUUUUACUGCUAGUGUUUUAAGUUCCUACCAAUUGCCUGCUAUAAAAAUUAGUCCCUGCUUUUAUACAAAGAGAAAAUCUAAUCAUUUAAUUGAAUUUUUACACAACUCAAUUGAGCAGAAUCGUAAUACCUGUUUACCAUGUACUUUGUUGAAUUCCCAAUUAAAAUUUGUACGUCACUUCAAGACAGACCGGUCUAUAGCUGUUGAAUUAAAAAGAAAUCCAACAAUAUUAUCCAGACUAAAACGAGCUUUCGGUGGUUCAUCACCAAAGAAUGAAAAUGAAUUGUCGUCUCAAACAGAAACAUUGAAAAAGUUAUUGCAAAAGAGUGGAGAUAAUAAGAAUGUUGAGAAUAAUUUGAAAAUCGCAUUUGCUGAAGGAUAUAUGGCUGCUGUAAAUUCUGAUGAGAUGCCUAAGUCGGGAAAAACAAUGAAAUAUCUAAAAGUUUUCCAGCAAGUCUUGGUUAUUGUUGUAUUCAUAGGCAUUUUUUUAAGUCUUUUUUCAUCAUCAAAUGGUUCUGUCUUUCGAAUUCAAUUGGGGAAUCAAGUAGAGGUAGAUCCCGAAGAAAUUCACGUAACAUUUGAUGAUGUAAAAGGAUGCGAUGAAGCCAAACAAGAACUUAAAGAAGUGGUGGAAUUCUUAAAAAAUCCUGAAAAAUUUUCAAAUCUUGGUGGUAAAUUACCUAAAGGAGUUUUACUUGUUGGUCCUCCUGGUACAGGAAAAACAUUGUUGGCACGUGCAGUAGCAGGAGAAGCAAAUGUACCAUUUUUUCAUGCGGCUGGACCUGAGUUUGAUGAAGUUCUGGUUGGUCAAGGGGCAAGAAGAGUUCGGGAUUUAUUUAAAGCGGCCAAGCAGCGUGCUCCAUGCGUAAUAUUUAUAGAUGAAAUUGAUUCUGUAGGUGCAAAACGAACGAAUUCUGUCUUACAUCCAUACGCUAACCAGACCAUAAAUCAAUUAUUAUCUGAAAUGGAUGGCUUCCAUCAAAAUGCUGGUGUUAUAGUUUUGGGAGCAACAAAUAGACGAGAUGAUCUAGAUCAAGCUCUACUUCGACCCGGCCGUUUUGAUGUUGAAGUUGUAGUCUCAACUCCUGAUUUUACUGGAAGAAAAGAAAUACUUUCAUUGUAUUUAUCUCGAAUACUUCACGAUGAAAUUGAUUUAGAUGUUUUAGCUCGUGGAACUUCUGGUUUCACGGGAGCUGAUCUUGAAAACAUGAUAAAUCAAGCAGCAUUAAGAGCCGCUAUUGAUGAGGCAGAAACGGUUACAAUGAAACAUUUAGAAACCGCUCGAGAUAAAGUUCUUAUGGGCCCAGAACGUAAAGCUAGACUACCAGAUGAAGAAGCUAAUUUAAUUACUGCUUAUCAUGAAGGAGGUCAUGCGAUUGUUGCGUAUUUUACUAAGGAAUCACAUCCCUUGCAUAAAGUUACAAUAAUGCCUCGAGGUCCUUCACUUGGACAUACUGCUUACAUUCCUGAAAAGGAACGAUAUCAUGUAACAAAGAAAACUAUAUAUAUAUGAACUGGUCAAUGAUGGGCGAGAUAAUAAACUCAUUUUAUAACAUCAAUAAUAUAAUAUAUAUACAAUUAUUGGGGUAUGUCGGAAAGAGUCGGUUUGCGAACUAUUGAAACUUCAAAAGGUAUAUUGGGAAGUGAACCGCUUGGACCAAAUACUGUGGAGAUUGUUGAUGCAGAAAUAAAACGUAUAUUAAAUGAAAGUUACGAACGCGCCAAACUGAUACUUAAAAGACAUACUAAGGAGCAUAAGGCUCUGGCAGAAGCAUUACUAAAAUAUGAGACUCUUGACGCUGAAGAUAUAAAAGCAAUUAUGAAUAAAACGCAAUAAAUAUGUAAUUCUUGUUACCUUAUGAAAUUUUACAACUCCAAAUAAUAAACAAUUAUUUUUUUAUUAAGUUUUGGGUAA